CGGGCUGCGUAGGGGUGCCCAGCGUGGAUGGCUACACAGCCCUGAGAGUGAUCGGGGAGGGCUCCUUCGGCAGAGCCCUUUUGGUUCAGCAGGAAAGCAGUAAUCGGAUGUUUGCCAUGAAGGAAAUAAGGCUUCCCAAGGUCACUGCUAAAAAAAUUAGCUCAUGUUGAAAGUGUACAAGCAAUUUGUAUUAGAGAACAAGUUCUGGAGAUUUAACAUGGAGUUGCUGCUCAGUGCAUCAGAUGUUAUGGGUUUCUUUACUCACUAGCUUUACAAGGUCUUGAUAUACUUUAUAUGGUUCUUAGGAUAUUGUAAUUAACAAAAGGGAGAAAAAUAGUCAAAAGUGACAAUUGCUGUUUAUCUCAAUGAGAAUAAUUUGUAAUAAUUUCCAAUUUUGUAUACCUAAGGGUGUAGGGAGUCUUUGUCAAAAACUACCCAGGUGCAAUAUUGAUGAAAAAGGAACAUAAAAAUACAAUGACAAGCAAAGACCUAAAAUGCUAACCUUUGGUAACAGGGAACCUGUUCACUUUAUAGGUUUUAUUUCCCUGUAUGAUGAUGAAUGUGAUAUCUACUGGUAUCACUAUUUAUCACUAUGCAUCAUAGUUGCACAUGAAAGAAUCCAUGCCAUGGAGCCUGCUUAAUACUGUUUUGAUCCAUUUUUGAAAAAGAAAUUUUUUUAAAAUAAAAUCCCAAAGUGCUAUUGCCUCCUCACUGCAUUCUUGACCUUGUUUCGUGAUUCUCAAACUUGAAUAGGCAUCAGAAUCACCCGGAGGGUUUGUUAAAACAUCAAUUGCUGGGCUUCACCCUCCUCCCCGUACCCCUAGUUUCUGCUUGAGGAGGUCUGGUUGGGUCUGUGAAUUUUCAUUUUUAACAAAUUACCAGUUGGUGCCGAUGUUGCUGGUGUGAGGAUCCUUAUUUCUUAAUUGUAAGGUAAGUCAUCCUCAUAGAGUAAGUCAGGGGAUAAGCAGUCUUGGAAACUUUCUUUGCAUGUGGUCUUUCUCCAUCUGUGCUGUAGUAAUACACCAGACUAUUCUUUUUUAUCUGGGCCAGUGGACAAAGUAAUGCAGACUAUUAAGACACAAAAUCUCUGAUUUUGCUUUAAGGAUAUACUAUUAUUGUUAAUGGCACUGGCUCUCAAAAUCAGCUUAUACUUAGACUGAUGUUAAAGCUAGUUUAUAUUCUGUACUUGUAAGGAUAUAUCAGCUUAAGCAUGCAAAAUAUAGCCAUACUUGAAAAAUCAUGUUGUCUCUUAGAGUUUUAUAAACUUCACGUGGGUGAAAGGACAGUCCUGUAAAACUGUGUUUGGCAUUGAAAUGUCAGGGCACUGUCUCUCCAUCCAAGAGCAGUGUCCCACCUAGCCCCAGCUUUAUUCUCUUGUCUGUCUUCUUUAAUCCUUCACUGCCCCCCACCCCCAACCCCAAGGGGAAAAAAAAAAAGAAAUGUCAUAUGAACUCUGUAUUAUUGUGAAGCUGUCUACUUUCAAAUGAAGUAUUACAUUUAUACUUAUUUAAAAUAUUCUUCUAGUCUUUCUCUGAUACACAGAAUUCUAGGAAGGAGGCUGUUCUGUUAGCCAAAAUGAAACACCCCAAUAUUGUUGCCUUUAAAGAGUCAUUUGAAGAAUCUUAUAUUUGCUUUAGCUGAAGGACAUCUCUAUAUUGUGAUGGAAUAUUGCGAUGGAGGGGACCUAAUGCAAAAGAUUAAACAUCAAAAAGGAAAGUUGUUUCCUGAAGAUAUGAUACUUAAUUGGUUUACACAAAUGUGCCUUGGAGUAAAUCACAUUCACAAGAAACAUGUGUUACACAGAGAUAUCAAAUCCAAGAACAUCUUCCUCACCCAAAAUGGACAAGUAAAACUGGGAGAUUUUGGAUCCGCCCAUCUUCUCUCCAAUCCCAUGGCAUUUGCUUGUACUUAUGUGGGAACACCUUAUUAUGUGCCCCCGGAAAUUUGGGAAAACAUGCCUUAUAACAAUAAAAGUGACAUCUGGUCCUUGGGAUGCAUUCUGUAUGAACUCUGUACCCUGAAGCAUCCGUUUCAGGCAAAUAGUUGGAAAAGUCUUAUCCUCAAAGUAUGUCAGGGGUCUGUGAGUCCACUGCCAUCUCAUUAUUCCUACGAGCUUCAGCAUCUAAUCAAGCAGAUGUUUAAAAGGAAUCCUUCCCAUCGCCCCUCAGCUACCACGCUUCUCUCUAGAGGCAUUUUAGCUCCGCUUGUCCAGAAGUGCUUAACCCCACAGAUCAUCACAGAAUUUGGAGAGCAGGUAUUAGAAGAAACCAAAAAAUCUAAGCAUAGUACACCAAGAAAAAAGGCAGACUCCAGCAGAAUCAAGAUCGCUUUGGAAAAAGAAGCAAGCACAGUGCAAGGGGAAGAACAAGGCAGAAAAUGUAGCCACCCUGAUUUAGAAAGCACUAAUAAAAAUUCAGUGGCAAGUGCACCGAGGAGAGUAAACAGAGAAGAGAAAGAUGGUAAAUCAGUCCAUCAUAGGAAAGCUGGUUCACCAAGUCCUCUCAGGCGACAGUGGGAGAAACAUGUGUGCACUACAGCGCUUGCAGCUUUGGAAAAUGCAUCCAUACUUGCCUCCAGUUUAACCACAGAGGAUGAUAGAGGUGGUUCUGUAAUAAAGUACAGUGGAAAUAAUAGCCGUAAGCAGUGGCUCAAAGAGACUCCUGAAACCUUGUUGAACAUCCUUAAGAAUGCUGAUCUCAACUUGGCAUUUCAAACAUACACAAUAUAUAGACCAGGUUCAGAAGGGUUCUGCUUGAAAGGUCCCCUGUCUGAAGAAACUGAAGCAUCAGACAGUGUUGACGGAGGUUACGAUUCUGUCAUUUUGGAUCCAGAGAGACUCGAGCCUAGACUGGAUGAGGAGGACACGGACUUUGAGGAGGAAGACAACAACUUUGAUUGGGUGUCAGAACUGAAGCAGCGAGCUGGCUGGCAAGGAGCAUCUGGUGACUGAUGCCCAAGGAAAUGUUCCUUAGUCACAUUGAAUAGAUGUUUAAAGUGAGGAAUUAAUGUUUCGAUAUUAGCUAACGGAAUGUGUAUUUUCCCUUGGAAACAGAAUGGGCUAGGGGUGCUGUGGAUAUUUAAAAUUGUUCCUGAUUUGUUUAAAAAUCUACAAUUCUUGUGCGUUUUUUAACGCAAAGAAGAAGGUGUAGAAUUAUGGGUGUGAGCUUCAGGCUUUGCAGUUAGAUAGAACAGAAAUUGGAUGCUCAUUAUUUGUGUGAUUGUGGGAAAUUACUUAACCUCUUUGGGCCCGAAUUUCCUUAACUAUAGCAUGAGGUUAAUAAUGCCUAUCUCAUAGGGAUGCUGACCAUGGAGCAUGAGAGCAACCUAUAAUGUUAUUAUUUGCAUUGUUAUGAUUUCUGUUAUUACUAUGUAGCUCUUUUUACAUUUCCUAAAGAUUUUAGGAUCUAAAUAUAUUUAAUUAUAACAUAAUAAUGUGUGCAAUUUUUCAAUAAGACUCUCUUGGUAGUGAUCAAUGAUCUUUCGUGAUCUUUACUACCGUCUAUCCUUAAAUAUAGCCCCUCACAGGAUACACAAAAGAACCUAGUUCAGAUGAUCCACCCUGGGAGGAGUGGAAAGGGUUACGUAUCUUUUCAGAAGUUGUCAGUCCUGUACAGGAGAAAGGAAUAGGGCCAACGAUGAGGAAUCAAUAUGGAAAGUAUCAGAAAUUAGAAUAUUGUGGAACUAAUGGAAGGAGCAGGAUCCCAACAUAUAUGGGUCACCAUGACACACUGUGCUGGGUCCUGUCAUUAAAUCCAUGAUCAGUUAGCGGGGUAAGGAUAUUUUACUAAAGCCCUGGCUGGGUUGGCUCAGUGGAUAGAGCAUUAGCCUGUGGACUGAAGGGUCCCGGGUUCGAUUCUGGUCAAGGGCACAUGC